AUGAAUAACGCCUGUCAGCUGCACACGUCAGUACAAGAGCAGCAUGAUACUCUCUUCGGUAGCCGCCCAGUCGCCGGCGGGCCGUAUCCAGAGGAUGGCCUGUCUUCCGAUGUUUUUGAUGGCCCCUCUGGUAAUACACUCCAGCUUCUUGUCCUCAACCGGUCACUUCUCGUGACUCUUCUUGUUACUUCUUCCAGCCUCUCGUCCUUACGUGAAAACUUCAGUGAUCUUGGCUUCAGGCCCAGAUGUCUGCCUUUUUUUAUUGAUGCCAAUCAUGCUGAAAUUGGACAGCCUGCUACUCCCGAACCUGGUCCCACUUAUCUCGACUCAGCUUCACAUUGCUGUUUCUCUUCUCUGGCCUCAUGUCAUUCGUCUGGCUGUAGGCAUCUAGUCACAGGUUAG